UCAGUGCCUCUUGAUCCUGCUUUGAAAGGGACACCUCUUUCUCAUUAUGACUGAUAACAGUGUCAACCUGACAGAGCCUCUCUAAGUGGUCGAGGAGCUCAUCUAUCUGUGGAGCCAUUGAAGUGAGUAGAGUUUAAGAUUUCAGCUUUUAUUUCCUGGAAUUUACAUCUAGAUAUGUUAAACAACAUAAAACAUAGAACCUUUUGUAUCGGGACCACCCAAUUUUUAGGUGAGCGAAAGUAUAGGGACAGAGAAGUCUUGACGUAAAUUAAAGUGAAUAACGCUUAAUAUUUGGUUGCAUAUUUCUGCUUGCAAUAACUGCAUCAAGUGCGACUCAUUGACAUCACCAAAUUGUUGGUUUCUUUUUCUUUUUGUGAUGCCUUUCCAGGUUUUUACCACAGCCUCUUUCAAUUGUUGUUUGUUUGGGGGUGGGAUACUCCUUAGUUGGGUUAAGGUCUGGUGAUUGACUUGGCCAGUCUAAAACCAUACACUUUCCCCCCUGAUAAAAUCCUGUUUGAGUUGGCAGUGUGUUUUGGAUCAUUGUCUUGCUGCAUGAGUUCUGAAUUCAUUCUGCUGCUGCCAUCAUGACUUACAUCAUCAUGUGCAUGGUGCCUUGUGAUGGGCUGGCAUCCCAUUUAUGGUUUAUAAUACAGGGCAGAAUCUCCAAGCAUAUCAGGUUUACUAGUUAAAGUCGCUUUCUGGAACACCCCCUGUUGUAGUGGAGAAUGCGCGUUUUCUGCCCAGCGGUAGGAAUGUUUUGCGUUUGAGUUGUCACUAUGCAAUACACGCUUUUGACCAAUAGAGGUCGCCCGCGUGUGAUCUGACGAGCAAUGGGACUUUGGAGUUCCCAGGAAGUGCGAUUGAAACAAAGCCCUUCAAGUCAGCUGACAGUAGCAGCACAUGACACACAAAACCGUCCACAUGACUCUUCUCUCACAACUGCUUUUAGAGCAACAAUAUCUGCUACAAACCUGCUUCAUUUAGAGAGCAAGGCAAACAAGAAGUUGCUGCAUUGCCAGACUUAUAACCUUGGCUGUUAAUCUGUCCAGGCUGCAGAAACCUCGCUUCCGGAAAAGGGGAUUUUCGUGAAAUUCUACGUCGGUAUCGGCAUGCAACAAACAGUGGUUAUUUUUUUGCUGGCAUUCUCCUCGGCCACCCAGGCUCUGGACAAUGGUCUGAUGAGGACCCCACCCAUGGGCUGGCUGGCAUGGGAGCGAUUCCGCUGUGACAUUGAUUGUGAAAAUGAUACUCAGAACUGCAUUAGUGAGGUGCUGUUCAGGGACAUGGCAGACCGACUGGCUGAGGAUGGCUGGAGGGAGCUCGGUUAUGUCUAUGUUAACAUUGAUGACUGCUGGGCAUCAAAGAGCAGAGAUGCACAAGGACGACUGCAGGCAGAUCCAAAGAGGUUCCCAGGUGGCAUUGCUAAACUGGCACGCUAUGUUCAUGACCGUGGGCUGAAGCUGGGAAUUUAUGGUGAUUUGGGAACUUACACCUGUGGAGGAUACCCCGGUACAACCCUGGAUAAAAUUGAGACUGAUGCUCAGACCUUUGCUGAAUGGGAAGUUGACAUGCUUAAAUUUGAUGGCUGCUACUCCAACGCCACUGACCAGGAGCAGGGCUACCCACGUAUGUCAAAAGCCCUUAAUGCCACCGGCCGUCCAAUUGGCUAUUCCUGCAGUUGGCCUGCCUACCAGGGUGGACUUCCUCCUAAAAUAAAUUACACUCUGCUUGGCGAGAUCUGUAACCUGUGGCGUAAUUAUGGUGAUAUUGAGGACUCAUGGGACAGCAUCCUGAACAUUGUGGACUGGUUUGCAAAAAACCAGGAUAUCCUGCAGCCUGCUGCUGGACCAGGACGCUGGAAUGACCCUGACAUGCUGGUCAUAGGAAAUUUUGGCCUCAGCAUGGACCAGUCUCGUUCUCAGAUGGCACUGUGGGCAAUAAUGGCAGCUCCUCUUUUCAUGUCUAAUGACCUGAGGACCUUAAACAGCGGGGCACGUGCUAUACUGCAGAACAAAGCUGCCAUCGCCAUCAACCAGGACCCCUUGGGCAUCCAAGGAAGACGCCUGAUAAAGGAGAGCAAUGGCAUAGAGGUGUUCUGGCGUCCUCUGUCUAAUAAAGCAAGUGCUUUGGUGUUCUUCAGCAGAAGAACAGAUAUGCCGUACCGCUAUCAGACAUCUCUGAAGGUGCUCGACUACACACCUGGCAGCUAUAAGGUGUAUGAUGUGUUCAUGGAGAAGACCAUGCCUACACUGAAGGACACCACAGAGUUUGUUGUCUCAAUCAAUCCCUCAGGAGUGGUGAUGUGGUAUGUUGUUCCAUCAGCUGAGUGGCAGGAACAGCCCAAAUUCCACCAAGCAAUUGUCAAAGCUGAUUCUUUUAUUGUGUAAAUAGUCUUUUUUACUAUCCAAACAUGAUAACACCGGCAGGAACAGUGUAGGCUAAAAGACCGAAUGAUUAUUUGAAUAUAACAGAAUGGCUCUUUUUUAAUUGUCUCUAUUUCUAUAAUAAAUUAAGGGGAAUCAUUGGAAAAACACCAGACCUGUGUAACAGUCAUUGACAGGGCUGCGCUGUGUGACACAAAGAAUAGAGUAAACAGAAACCUGCCUUUAUUCAGCAGUCCUUGAUGACCAGGAUAAAGAAACUAGACAAACUAACUUCUAAAUCCUGGUCAGGGUCUCAGCAGAUCUCGGGAACCCUACACAAGGCAAGGCUACACGCUAGAUACCCAUCCUAGUCAGUCCGUCCCAGUUAGUUUAUUAUGCCUGUUGAUUUUUUUUUCCAUAUAUAAAUCAGCUUAGAUGGAUGAUACAAAAUUAUUUCUGUUUCAUAAUCAAGAACCAUUUUUAUUUAAGUACACAUUUUUAUUAAACUCUCAAGAGCAUUUCAUUCUGUUUGCUAAAGUUAUAGUGUUUUGUAAGUGCAACUUUUGUCAAUAUGCUGAAUAGAGUUUUAAGCGACAACACCACUACUGCUCCCUUGGCUGACUGUGCCUUUAAUGAUCUUUCACCUAAUGCUCAGGGAUACUGGGAAUAGUUUACAAUCAACUCUUCUGAAAUGAUCAUCUAUACUGAGGUGGACUUGAAUAUUGUGAUUUUACUUGUUUUAUUUUUGGAAUUACAUUUUUAAAACUAUGCUUAUAUGGACAUGUGGUGCAGUACAUUAUUGAAUAGUCACCGGUGUAUAUUGAUUAACUGAUCUAAUAUCUCAGCACUCAUUAUGCAAAUCAGUUUAUUUAGAAAUGGUCAUUUUAUGUUUUCAAUUAAAAUUCUGAUCUCCUCACA